GUUCGCAAAAGAGGACCCACGUCAUUCUGUGAGACAACGCCCCCUUUUUUUCUUCCUCCCCUGCGCCUGGCUGGAGCUCAACAUCCUCCCGUUUUUUGGAACAACUGGAUAAAAGGAGUUUAAAGCAGGAGCGCUAGCAUGAUGACCGGGUUCAGGCUCAACUUGUCGCCGCUGAAGGAGCCGCUGGGCUUCGUCAAACUGGUGGAGUGGCUCACGGCCAUAUUUGCUUUUGGAAGCUGCGGCGGCUUCUCGGGGAAGAACAUCGUCUCCCUGUUCUGCGGCGACGGCAGCAACGAAACGCUCACGGCCAACUUCCACUACCCGUUCAGGUUGAGCCAGUUCCCGCUCGUUGAGGGAAACAGCACCAUUUGCAACCGCUCCGUCACGACCACCCACUUGGUCGGAGACUCCGCGUCCUCGGCGGAGUUCUUCGUGGGCAUCGCCACCGUCUGUUUCCUGUACAGCAUGGUGGCCCUGCUGGUUUAUUUAGGCUACAUGCACGUCUACAAGGACUCUGACUUUGGACCCAUUUUCGACUUUGUUGUCACGGCGGUCCUCGUCUUCCUGUGGCUGGUGUGUUCCUCCGCCUGGGCCAAGGGCCUGCAGAACGUGAAGGACGCCACGGACACGGACGGCAUCAGCGCCACGCUGGGGCUCUGCAGGGGCAGCAACAUCACCUGCGAGGUCACAGACUUCGCCAACCUGCGAACCCUCAACAUCUCUGUGGUGUUCGGUUACCUCAACAUGUUCGUGUGGGCAGGGAACGCCUGGUUCGUCUACAAGGAGACUCGCUGGCACUCUCAGAAAUUCUCUUCCCAGUCCGGACCAGGAAGGCAACAGGUCCCCGCUCCCAUCUAACGCACAAGUCACGUACAGCGAUGCACAAUACACAAAUACUAACACUCAAAGACACAACAAUUGACACGCACGCACACACCAGUCACACACAUUCGAAAAUAUACAUGAGCUAUACACGUAUGGACAAAUGUGCAUGCAGACAUAAAUACACUUACGUACAUGCAUAACAUUCUCUGUGACUGUGAUAUAGACAGACACAGGAUUUGGUAGGUAAAGGUGCUACAUGUAAGUAUUGUAGUUUAAAACAUUUAGAAAGUAAAGAAAAGGAUCAACUCAUUUUAAAGAAAUAAGAGUUUUGAUUCGAGGGAUGUCCACUGGUUAGCAUGCUAACUAGACAGUCACCGCCAGAUAGGAAAGAUAGCAUCGUACCAGUGGCUUAAAAUCAUUGUUUUUUGGGGGG